AUGGGUGUUCAUUCACUGUGGCAAUUGCUGGAGAAAGCUGAGCGGCCGGUCCAGCCCGAUGAGUUGGAGGGGCAAAUCUUGGCUGUGGACGUGAGCAUUUGGCUGCACCAGAUUGUGCGGGCGAUGCGUGAUCGACAAGGCAACCUGGUUCAAAAUGCCCAUGUACAUGCGCUCCUUUCCCGGUUGUGCAAGCUCCUGUAUCACCAGAUUAAACCUGUUUUUAUUUUCGAUGGCGCAGCGCCGGCCAUCAAGCAGCAGGCUGUGGUAAGCGCUCCUUUUCCUGCCGAGCCAAAGCCGUAG